GAGUUGCUGAUAUUGGGUACCGAUGCAGUUUGGUGACGGUGUUAGUAUAUUAAUUGAUGUUGUUGAUUAGUAGUUACUGAUAUUCCGCUUGGUUGGUAUUGAUUUGGUUGCGUACUGGUUAUUUACUAGUUAUUGGUUGUUGCCUCUCCGUUGAUCGGUAAAAUGUCUGAGCAGAAGAAGGAUCUUGAGUCUGGUACUGUUUCUAGCUCUGGUUCUACUUUCGUUGGUAGCUCAUCGAGUGGUUCUUGGUCUCGCGAAAGACGCCCUAUUACCUCAACACCAUUAAAUGGGGGCAAUUAUGUUCUUUGGGCUAAAGCUGUUAAGGUGUAUUAUAUGGGUCAGUUUAAGGACUCCUAUUUGACUGAUGAACCUCCUGAUGGACCCACAUAUAGGGCAUGGAAAGCUGUUGAUGCUCAUGUUCGUUCAGAGUUACGGAAUAGUAUGACGGAACAGGUUGUCAGUACGCUAAUGUUCUGUGAUACCGCUAAAGAGGUGUGGACCCAAGCAAAAGAAUUAUAUUCAGGUAUCGACAAUCUCCAUCGCACAUAUGACCUUCAUCGGUCUUUCUUUGAUAUAUCUCAAGGUGCUGAUUCUUUUGAAGAUUAUUAUGCCAAGUUUCGGCGCAUUUGCAAUGAAUUAGAUAUCUGUGAGCCACUAUCUAUUGAUAUUCAGGUUAUGCGGCGCCAACGUGAUCGCAUGCGGGUUACUCGUUUCUUAUCUGGUGCAUCAUUUGAUUUUGGUCCUAUGGAUAAUCAGAUUUUGGGGAGUCAUGACUUACCUUCUCUUAGCGAGGUAUUCAAUCGUCUCCGACAGUCGUCGUCUAUUUCUACUCCGACUUCUGGCCAUUCUGCUAUGAGUUCUACUAUUUCUGACGGCUCUGUUUUCUCUGUUAGCUAUGGUCGUGGACGCGGCCAUGAGUCUGGGUUUAGUGGUCGUGAUCGCAACUAUGGGGUGAGCGGUCAUGGCUUUGGCAGUUGUGAAUCUGGGUUUGGUGGUCAUGGUCCUGACUUUGGAGGUCGUGGAGGCCGUGGUUUUGGUCGCGGCUUUGGUGGCCGUGAUUCUGUUUUUGAUACUCGUGGAGGUCGCACAUCAAGAGGAGGUGGCCGUGGUCGCGAUCGUGAUUCUAGAUUUUAUACUCAUAGUUGGGGAACAAAUCAUACGGCAGAGUUCUGUUACAAUCUUCAUGAUUUUCCCCAGGCUCAUCAGGCUGCUAGCUCUCAAGAUACUGGACAGUUUACUCAAUCUUCUGUCGAUAGUGUGGCUAUUCCAGUUGAGGAGUACCAGCGUUUUUUGUCAUUUCAGGAUGCGAUAGGAUCUUCUACUGCUACGCUCGCUCAGACCGAUACAUCUGUUUCUUAUGUUGCCUCAUCUUCUUCCUCUCCCUGGGUUAUUAACUCAGGUGCCACUGAUCAUAUGACUGGAUCUCAAGACGGGGAAGAAGAUUGGUGGGGGCACUGAGCGAGGUGGCCUAUAUUACCUGACUGAUCCUCAGCCUGCAGCUCUUCAGACAUCAGAAUCUCCCUACCAACAGCACUGUCGUCUUGGUCAUCCCUCUCUUCAG